UGCCACAUCCCAUAUGGCGGCGACGUUGACGUAUCGCAGCAGUGAAGACAGCGACUUUGGAGAGGAGCUACGUACGUAUAUUUGGUCACUCGUCGGCCACCCCACUGGCCAUCUACACCUUUCAGGUGUUAACUUUUUGCCACCCCUAUGUGAGUAAUGGUCUCACCUUGGCCACCCCAAUGAAAAAAAUCUGGCUGCGCCACUGGGUCACAUGAUGCUAGCAAGACGUUUGUAUUUAAUGACGAACUUGGACCCAAACACGGAAGUGACAUGGGCAGCUACAAAGAAAGGGUACUUCUCGAAGCGCCUUCGUUGCAUAUUAACCUUAACUGUCAUCAUCCGUCUUAAAACCUACAGUAAACGCUACCGAUAAGUGUUUGCUCACAUUCAACAUGACUGUGUCGGCAUUUCGAGCUGCUGUGCCGCUCUUUCUGGUGGCUACAUCAGUUCUCGUCGCCAUACUAAUACAAACCGAGGCCAUGCCGCCUCGCCUGGCGGUGACCGCUUGCUCUCUGGUGGGCAUGGCACUGGUCUGGAAGGACAUCCGAUCCAAAGUGAGAGGGCAAGGCCGGAUGUUAAGUAGCUUGCUUGGCCAGUACGUGGCCGUGAAGGUAGUGAGCUGGCUGGGCAGGCGGCAGCGGGCCAAGUUGGAGGGCGACACCGUGGACGUGAGGAGAGUCCAGGAGGACACACUGAUGGGACGACUUAGGAAAAACGAGCAGACGAUUUACGGGAGACUGUUUAACUUCAGUUCAAUAAAAGACAGCGCAACCUUCCGGGCACGCCAUCCCAUCACUACAUACGAGCAUUAUCGUGAGCUCAUAGGCCGCGUGGCGGCGGGGGAGGAGAAGGUGAUCACUGCAGGGAAGGUACUCAUCCUGGCUAUGACUUCUGGGACAUCUGGGCCCAGCGCCAUGCUGCUCAGCACCAAGGACACAAACUCUGAGUUCUUCCUGCAGGGUGUGGUUGUGUGUCUCGAUGCAAUGCGGCAAGCAUUCCCAGCCUCAGACAACCUUCAACGCACCACAAAGUUCUUCUACAUGCCAACUUUCCACCAGUCUGAGGCAGGCAUUCCCAUCGGGCCCAAUUCCUCCACACCGGCCUCUUCUCGUCACAUGCUCAACCUCUACACCACACCUUCGCCGGCCUUCCAGGUUCCCAGUGAGAAGGACGCACUCUAUCUCCAUCUCCUCUUUUCACUCAAAGAUCCAAGUGUGGGCACGCUGGAGUCCAACUUUACCUCCACUGUCUUUUACGCCUUCCAGUCCUUGCAGGAGCGCUGGCAGGAGCUGGUGGAGGACAUCGAGCGAGGGAAGGUGAGCACUGCUCUGAAUCUGGAGCCUGUCGUUAGAGUCAAGCUUGAAGCGCUCAUGAAGCCGGACCCGAAGAGAGCCGCUCAACUGCGGGUGCACUUCCAGGCAGGCUUCCAGGGAAUCGCCAAGCGCCUUUGGCCUGACCUCCACCUGGUUCUGGCCGUGGAUUCUGGCUCCAAUCAGAUCUACGGGGAGAUGUUGAGGGCCAAUUACUGCCAAGGAAUCCCUUUCUAUUCACCGUUCUAUGCUGCUACUGAAGGUUUGAUCGGGGUGAACCUGUGGCCCGAGGAGCCGAGGCGUUGGUACCUGCUGUGCCCUCGCUCUAUGUUCUGCGAAUUCCUGCCGGAGAGCAGCUUGGAGGAGGAGAUGCCCCCCACCCUGCUGAUGGAGGAGGUGAAGGAGGGGCAAAGCUACGAGCUGGUCAUCACCAACGCUGCAGGGCUCUUCAGAUAUCGCAUCGGUGACGUCGUGAAAGUGGUUGGAUUCCACAACAGAUGUCCAAUUGUUGAGUUUCAAUACAGGCGUGGCCAGAUGUUGAACGUACGUGGGGAGAAGGUGUCAGAGGUGGUGUUCCUGGAUGCUUUAAAGAAAGCUGUUGCUCAGUGGCCUGGCGCUCAGCUGGUGGAUUACUGCUGUGCAGAGAGCGGCAUUCUGGGAGAUUCCACUGGUGGUUGUGAUCCUCACUACCAGGUCUUCAUUGAGCUGAAAGGCGUGAGGAACCUCACAGAGGAGCAACGCUACAAGUUGGACGUGUGCCUCCAGCAGGACUCGGCAGUGUACAGAUCCUACCGCAUCAAAGGCAGCAUCGGACCAAUGAGGGUGCAGCUGGUCGCCCACGGUGCAUUCAAGGAACUCCGUAAGCAGAUGAUGAGCUUUUCCAACACCUCGCCCAACACCUUCAAAAUGCACCGAGUGUUGCGGCGGAAGGAAUAUGCUGACUUUCUCUUGGGGAAAACGGUUUCCUGAACACUUGCCGGCGUAAGUGCAUUGUGGGAAAUCACAUCAUACACGGUGGUAAAAGGGGAUUUCACUGCUCGUGCCUUCAACAUAACACUGACUAGUACAGCAUCCAUUGGAUUGUUUCGUGUUUACUUUGGAAAAAUGUACUAUGAUAGGUGGAACAACUGAUCCCUGGCGGGAUACAUAGUGGUUGUCUACAAACAUUUGUAAAUAUUUACAGUAUUCUGUCCCAUUCAUUAUAUUAAUUAUUUUACAUUAAAUUGAAUGACUUCAAUUGUUUUUUAAUUCAAUGUGUUCAUUAUUUGACUUCCAGCUUUCACCCUCCAAACGCAGGGGU